AUGAAAGAGGAAUCUACAGGGUUAAUUAUUGGGAUUUCCAUAGGUGUUGUAAUUGGAGUUGUUUUGGCUAUUUCUGCAUUGAUCUGUUUUAGAUAUCAUAGGAAGCGAUCACAGAUAGGGAAUAGUAGUUCUCGGAGGGCCGCUACGAUACCGAUUCGCGCUAAUGGUGCUGAUUCUUGUACUAUUUUAUCAGAUUCAACCUUAGCUCCUGAAUCUCCUGUAAGGUCUGGUAGAAAUGGCAUGAACUUUUGGAUUGAUGGUUUCAAGAAGAGUAACAUGAUUUCUGCAUCCGGAGUACUCGAAUAUUCGUACAAGGACUUGCAAAAGGCGACGUAUAAUUUCACAACACUGAUAGGACAAGGUGCAUUUGGUCUUGUGUAUAAAGCUCAAAUGUCUACCGGUGAGACCGUUGCGGUGAAAGUUCUUGCAACCAAUUCUAAACAAGGGGAGAAAGAAUUUCAGACUGAGGUUAUGUUGUUGGGAAGGUUACACCACAGAAACUUGGUGAAUUUGGUUGGAUAUUGUGCAGAAAAGGGUCAACAUAUGCUUGUUUAUGUCUACAUGAGUAAAGGCAACUUGGCUUCCCACUUGUACAGUGAAGAGAAUGGGAAUCUAGGAUGGGAUUUGAGGGUUCAUAUAGCUUUAGAUGUAGCAAGAGGCUUGGAGUAUCUUCAUGACGGGGCCGUUCCUCCUGUCAUUCAUCGCGACAUCAAAUCUAACAAUAUUCUAUUGGAUCAGUCCAUGCGAGCCCGGGUUGCUGAUUUUGGACUUUCAAGAGAAGAGAUGGUGGAUAAACAUGCAGCUGUUCGCGGUACUUUUGGCUAUCUUGAUCCGGAGUAUAUAUCUUCAGGGACAUUCACAAAGAAAAGUGAUGUAUACAGUUUCGGAGUGUUGCUUUUUGAACUCAUAGCCGGCCGAAAUCCUCAGCAGGGUCUUAUGGAAUAUGUUGAACUCGCGGCGAUGAACACUGAAGGGAAAGUCGGUUGGGAGGAGAUAGUUGAUUCAAAGCUCGAAGGAAAAUGUGAUUUCCAAGAGUUAAAUGAAGUGGCAGCACUUGCAUACAAAUGCAUUAACCGCGCCCCUAGGAAGCGUCCUUCGAUGAGGGACAUAGUUCAAGUAUUGACUCGGAUUCUUAAAGCAAGGCACCAGAGGAAUCAUCACCACAAGAAUUCGCUUUCGGAGACGGCAGAUGAAGUUGCAAUGGAUGUUGAUGAGGCGGAAAAUAAGGAUUCUGUUACUACUGACCACCACAGAAGAGAUGAAUCUAUAGAUAGUACAACUGACAUGUAUGAUUUGUGA